UAGGCGGGUUGUCGACUACUGCAGUCGUUAUGGACCCCAUCCUGCAGGAACCCACUGGCAGGAUGCGAGGGACUCGUCUCUGAGAAGGGACGGUCUGAGUGACGGUUGAGUGCAGGCGACGGACUACAUCGUCCGUAAAUCAGACCCCAUGCGUCGGAUUAGACCAAAUAUCCUUCCUCCAGACCCAGCUGACGCCCAGCUGUGGCCGCAGCGACCGUCACUAGUGACGCUACUAGUGCACCGCAAUCAGUGCCGGUGUCUGGUUCUCACGCUUCUCAUCGGCGCCUGCAUCGCCUACAUCGCGCUGUGCCGCGUCUCUAAGGAGCGGUCGAGGAGCCAAUGUUUAGACUUGUACUUAACUUUGACGGGCGAAGGCGGUUGGUACGUGGCAGUCGCCUGUCUCGUAAUCAUCUACGUUAUCUACUUGGUAGAGUGCUGCCUGUGUCCUCUUAGGCACAAGUGGUCGCGUAGUUCCCCAGCGGCCGAAGUCGGCGUGCUCGUCGAAAGUCUUGUGACAGCGCUCCCGGUGAUCUGGUGGAAGGCGGUCUGCUACCACUACGUGAGGCGGUCACGUCACACCACGCGCUUCAGGGACGGCGGGGCCUUCAGCACGCACGAAGUGUUCUACCAGCGCAUCAACUCGCGCACGGCGGAGUCCCGGUUCGAGUUCUCGAGGUGCGGCGUCAGGGAUGUGUCCAAGAAGCUCGUCAACCUCUCACGCUACCCAUUCCUGAAACUGAAGUUUUCCAAAGGAUUUGCAUUCUCGAACUUGGAAGCCUCAGUGGAGUUUGAAGAACAGCGCACACGGUUCUUCCAGGAACACGAGAGUUGGGACACAUACAUGGAGAUGAGAGAAGGACUUGACCUCACCGAUGUUGGCUUUAAGGAGGUGGUGCUGGUGCGGCGAGAUGGUGCGAUGCCGUGGUACGUACACCCCGUCGUGUUCGGUAUCACGGCGGCGCUGGUGCUAUCCUGGCCGCUCAGGAUGUGGAUAGAAUUCAACACCGCGCAUGCUCAUUUCGAGGUGACGAAGCUCUUCGGAGUGAACUACCCCGACGAAGGCGAAGACCGCCGAGUCUCGAGAAGCUCCGUGAGUGCUGACAGCCACGAUAUCGAACUGAGCAUCGCUGAGAACUGUUCGGUCGCCCCAUCGUACAGCGAAGCAUUGCUCAUGGUCGCACCCUCUUCUUCAUCGUCGUCUCGAGACGCAAACGGCAACGUCUCUUCGUCUCAGCAACAGCCACGACCAGCGUCAGUUUUUCGCAGUCCUUCAGCGAUACCUCAGACCAUCCAUAGCUGUAGCCCGUCCCCUCUAGUGGUUUACAGACCUUCACCUCUACCGCCGCGUAGACCAGACGACCCCUUCGAAGGACGCUGGUGUUGCUGGCCGGAGGGGUCUAACGCUGCAGGGUUUAUUUCGCCCCCUUGUUAUGAAGAAGCACUUCAGGUUUGUCAACCGCUCAAUAAUUCAGCUGCUAACGUUCCCCAAUACCGAACUUCAGCUAUUGGACCAGCAUCCUACCGAGCUCUAGGACAACCUAUAAGUCGGGCAAUGGAACGCAGCUCCACUCCAAUAUCUGAGGCAGCACCGGAGCCAGGCCGAAAUAGUUCGUUAAGACGUAGCAUCUCAGAAAGAAAUAUUAUUCAAUGUGCAUCUAGGUGGCUUUUUCCCAGGCGAUCAUGUCACUGCUCUCUAGAAGCAGAUUUGUGAUCGGCCACAUUGAAGUCGUUAUUUGGGUACGAAGUAAAGCAGAUUGUUGACAACGAAUAAUAACAAUAGUAUUUCUGUUUUGAGUACGUAUUUAUCUAAUUAUAUAGAGUGACCAGUAAGUAGAUUAUACUUUAAGAUGCCUAAAAUUUUGUUGGUUUACGAAUGCCGCGGGAGUACCUCGUGAAUAAUUGAUAAAUUAGUUUUAAUUUUAAAUAUCAGAGUCUACAGAGUGACAGAUAAUUUAAAUGACUGAUAAAAUGAUUUGUAAUAUAACGUAACUGAAUGAUCGUAAGAUGAACUGAUGGAACGUAUGCUGAAAUUAAUGAUCGUAUGAUGAAGUGAUGAAACAUAAAAGGAACUAGUGGAAUGUACGAUGAACAGACGGGACGUUAUAUCAACUGCUAAAGCGUAUGAUGAACUGAUAAAAUGUACGAUGAAUUUAUCUAACGUUUUAUGAACUGAAUGAUCGUGAGAUGACCUGAAUUAUCUUAGGAGGAACUGAAUGAUCGCAGAAUUAAUUCAUGGAAAGAAAUAUGAACUGAAUGAUCGUAGGAUGAACUGAAGUGCUGUGUGAUCAACAUAAGGAUUGUUUAAUUAACUAUGGGAUAGAUGGAUGAACUGGAGGAUAAUAAAUCUUGAUAUAAAUUAAUACUAUGUCGGAUUAAGGCUGAGUCGCACAUAAUAUGCUUGUAAAAUAUAUUCUUUGUGUUACACCGUCAGGCAAGGAAAGCGCCUCUUGCUUUAUUGCAUAUUAUCUCAAAAAAUUUCUUAUUUCGACCUUCAUCACUUCAUUCAAAUAUCAUCGCGAUGUU